CGCGCCUAGAGGAGACGCGGGAAGGCGGCCGCGGCUGUGGUGGACACGACCGGCCCUCCGGCCACCUCACCAGCUCAGGCGUUCGCUGCUUGCAGCCUCAGCUGCCAGCCACAGUCCUCAUGGAAGAGAUGGAAGAAGAGUUAAAAUGCCCCGUGUGUGGCUCCUUCUAUCGGGAGCCCAUCAUCUUGCCCUGCUCGCACAAUUUAUGUCAGGCGUGCGCCCGCAACAUCCUGGUACAGACCCCGGAAUCCGAAUCUCCCCAGAGUCGCAGGGCCUCGGGCUCGGGGGUCUCCGACUAUGACUAUUUGGACCUAGACAAGAUGAGCCUGUACAGCGAGGCGGACAGCGGUUACGGUUCUUACGGGGGCUUCGCCAGCGCUCCCACUACCCCCUGCCAGAAGUCUCCCAACGGCGUCCGCGUGUUUCCGCCAGCCAUGCCACCACCGCCCACCCACCUGUCACCGGCCUUGGCCCCGGUGCCUCGGAACUCCUGUAUCACCUGCCCCCAGUGCCACCGCAGCCUCAUCCUGGAUGACCGGGGGCUCCGCGGCUUCCCCAAGAACCGCGUCCUGGAAGGGGUGAUCGACCGCUACCAACAGAGCAAAGCCGCGGCCCUCAAGUGCCAGCUCUGCGAGAAGGCGCCCAAGGAGGCCACGGUCAUGUGCGAACAGUGCGACGUCUUCUACUGCGACCCUUGUCGCCUGCGCUGCCACCCACCCCGGGGGCCUCUAGCCAAGCAUCGUCUGGUGCCGCCGGCCCAGGGCCGCGUGAGCCGACGGCUGAGCCCGCGCAAGGUGUCCACCUGCACCGACCACGAGCUGGAGAACCACAGCAUGUACUGCGUGCAGUGCAAAAUGCCCGUGUGCUACCAGUGCUUGGAGGAGGGCAAACACUCCAGCCACGAAGUCAAGGCCCUGGGGGCUAUGUGGAAACUGCACAAGAACCAGCUCUCCCAGGCACUGAAUGGAUUGUCCGACAGGGCCAAAGAAGCCAAGGAGUUUCUGGUGCAGCUUCGCAACAUGGUGCAGCAGAUCCAGGAGAACAGUGUGGAGUUUGAGGCUUGUCUGGUGGCUCAGUGUGACGCCCUCAUCGAUGCCCUCAAUCGAAGAAAGGCUCAGCUGCUGGCCCGUGUCAACAAAGAGCAUGAACACAAGCUGAAGGUGGUUCGAGAUCAGAUCUCUCACUGCACAGUGAAAUUACGCCAGACCACAGGUCUCAUGGAAUAUUGCUUGGAGGUGAUUAAGGAAAAUGACCCCAGUGGCUUUUUGCAGAUUUCUGAUGCCCUCAUAAGAAGAGUGCACCUGACUGAGGAUCAGUGGGGGAAAGGCACACUCACCCCCAGGAUGACCACCGACUUUGACUUGAGUCUGGACAACAGCCCUUUGCUACAGUCUAUUCACCAGCUGGACUUUGUACAGGUGAAAGCUUCCUCUCCAGUUCCAGCAACCCCCAUCCUACAGCUGGAGGAGUGUUGUACCCACAACAACAGCGCCACACUGUCCUGGAAACAGCCCCCCCUGUCUACAGUGCCAGCUGAUGGAUACAUUCUAGAGUUGGAUGAUGGCAGUGGUGGUCAGUUCCGGGAAGUAUAUGUCGGAAAAGAAACAAUGUGUACGGUGGAUGGUCUUCAUUUCAACAGCACAUACAAUGCUCGAGUCAAGGCCUUCAACAAAACAGGAGUCAGCCCAUACAGCAAGACCCUGGUCCUGCAGACGUCUGAGGACACAGAUUCAGAAGAACAGACCCUCCCUUUUCCAGUGCCUUCGGAAAGAUUGCCGCUCCGUAGAAUGAGUCCUUUCUCCUCCACCCUUAAUCUACAACCCAGCUUCCCCGGGAGAUCCUACUUUGAUUUCCGAUCCUCACCCCACCAGCUGAGCUUGCAUUCUUCUUUACAGUCUCUCAAUGCACCCGGAUGCAAUUUUGAGACACAGUCUGCACCUUACUCUCAAUUAGUUGACAUUAAAAAGCUGUUGGCAGUGGCCUGGUUUGCUUUCGACCCUGGCUCAGCACAUUCGGACAUCAUCUUCUCCAAUGACAACCUGACAGUGACCUGCAGCAGCUACGAUGACCGGGUGGUGCUAGGGAAGACUGGCUUCUCCAAAGGCGUCCACUACUGGGAGCUAACGAUAGAUCGCUAUGACAACCACCCUGAUCCUGCCUUUGGCGUGGCUCGCAUGGAUGUGAUGAAGGAUGUGAUGUUAGGAAAGGACGACAAAGCUUGGGCAAUGUAUGUGGACAAUAACCGGAGCUGGUUCAUGCACAACAACUCGCACACCAACAGAACGGAGGGAGGGAUCACCAAGGGGGCCACCAUUGGGGUCCUCCUUGACUUAAAUCGAAAGACCUUGACGUUCUUCAUCAACGAUGAGCAGCAAGGCCCCAUAGCAUUUGAGAAUGUGGAGGGCAUGUUUUUCCCUGCCGUCAGCCUGAACAGGAAUGUGCAGGUCACACUUCACACCGGGCUCCCAGUCCCCGACUUCUACUCCAGCAGAGCAUCCAUAGCCUAAGGAUGUGCUGUGGAGGCACCGGCUGCCGGGGAGAGUGACAACCAGAAGCCCAGUCAGCCGUGGCGGAACACAGAGUUGGCUGGAGAGAGAGAAGGAGAAAACAGCUGGUCCUCUAUGAUCUUCACAACUACCAUUCUGCCCUUUCCCUCCAGUCUCUCCACUCGGCCACACCCGAGUCCCUGCCACCCCCUGCGAUUCUAACCAACAAAGGACCUAGGCAGCCCAACCAUGUUUCUUUCGCCACUCCCAAAAGUAGCUUUUCUUGAACUUAAUUUUUUUAUAUAGGUGAGUUCAUUUUCUUAUUGAUCAUGUUCCUGAAGUGGCACUGCCAGGAGAAAGUUCUCUUACAAUCUUUAUUUCUUAAGCUUUUGGUCAAACAGAGAUUGAAGCAGGAGGUAGGGAAGAACAAACUUGAGUUUGGAGCUUGCAGUUUACCUUCUAGAAUGUUCUUGCCCUGACACCUCUUGGGCAACAUUAGCUAUGUGUGGCUAAUCUUUGGGAGAUGGGCAGUGUGCAUCAGGUAUUGAGAAGUCUACCACCCUCUGAAGCACAAAAACUAUCAGCUGCACAGAUUCACAGCAGGGCAGGAUCCUCAGGAUAGCCCAGGAAACAGACCAGACACUGUACAGAGGCAGAACACAGGAUUUCAUGGUUCUAUUCAUUUAGCUAAUACAGGUUUUUAAAUCAAAACUAUGAGGGACCAGGCAAUAUUCUAGAUGUCAUGCUUUAGACACGGUGGAAACACACAAUAAGCAGACAGAUGGGCACAGCUUCUGCCCCCCCCCCCCCCCCCGGAGCAUGUACUCUAGUAGGAGAACAAAGCAAAAAUUACACACUGUUUCACAUUGUUAUGAGUAACAGAAAGGGAACAGACAAGAGUCAAAAAGGGUCACUGCCAAGCUCUUUCAGGUUUCCUAGAAUACAAGGCUAAAUAAAACCCCCACAUUCUAGUCAUGGUAGCACUAAGAAUGUACCAGUUCGAUGCCUUUCCAACUGCACUAUGUUAAUAUUCGACCCUGCUGCUACUUCAUCACUGAGCCCUUCUUUGGCAGAAACGAUGUCAGCAUUCUGACUCCUUCAUGCUGCAAUCAUAACAAGCCUUAAAAAAUGAACAGUUUCAAAACAAAAUAGUGAGCAGAGGGCAGAUCCCAUGUCACCAAUGGGGAUCUUAAGUUACAUUCUCAGGACAAAAAUGCUGUCUCCACAUGAACUGUCUGUGCUGUGACAACCAAAAUCCAUCUACCCUGCUGCCAUGCACAGCCUGACUUUCUAGAGAAGUUCAAAUCAAGUUUGGAAAAACCUGAAUUUGAGUCAUUUCUAGGACUGAUGGCAGAAUAAUAGUGCAUAUUACUUCUAAAGAGUGACACCCUUCUGAUUCUUUAGUUUGACAUGAAGUUUUAGAAAAUGUAGGACUUGGGAAAAUAAAAAUAAAAGUUCUCAUUCACUGACUACUUUCUGUGAUAUUACACACACAUACACACACACCACCACUACCACCACCACCACCACCACAGCCAGGAAUAACAAUAAAAGGAAGGAGUAAGAUGGGAAAGCUAACAGUGCUUUGGCAAAAAAAAAAAAAAGUAAUAAAUGUAAAUAGCUCAUUAUUUACUCCUGUGCUUCUUCUAGUUAGAUGAUUUCAGUCAGUGAUACUGUUUUUCUAGUUAGAACCUAAUUUAUUAAAUGGGUGCUAUCCUGUUUAUGUCUAUCUUCGUUUUUCAUGGCUAGAGAAAUUCUCAGUUGCAGGACAACACUAGUUUGAUAUUUGAUUUACGCUCCAAUGAGACUCGAUGGCUGGGCCGCUGUAGACUCCUAGUUUCUCUCAUUCUUUAUGAAAUCCAUUCCGCUAAUUAGAUUUCUAGUGACUUGUAACACUUAGUUUACACUGAAUUGCAAUUAUAAAUGCAUACAGCUACUGUACUAGAAAGAAAACCAUGUCAUUUCCAGU